GACAAAGGUCGUUUCGUUUUUGGUCGAACACACAAGCGCUUGGGGCAGGGUUACCUCGCGAAGAGGGGCGUGGACCCUGGGGCCGACGCGUUCGCGGUGCUGCUGUCGCUUUGAUUCGACACGGUCUUCACAGGGGAAUCAAGCGAAUCUGAAACCGGCGCUCUCCCGCCGGCAGUCGUACCUCGCCUCGUACCCCGAGGCCCAAACCGCUUGACGAGGCGUUCGACUACAGCAGCGGGAGGCGAGGCCGUGGCGCGGCGAGGUCGUUUUUAGGGACUGCCGUAGAUCCGCUGGACCUGGAUAGCUCGCUGGAUUCGGCACACGCGAGUGGCGUGGGCCACGACAGCGCCCGCCAACACGAAUAUUCCACGGGCGGGGCGGGAAAGGAGGAGGAGGAGGAAGGGGGGGAGGAGGAGGAAGAGGGAGAGGAGGAGGAAGAAGGGGAGGAGGAGGAAGAGGGAGAGCAGCAGCACCAGGAGAAGGGCGACGAGUACGAGGAUGACGACACAAGCUCUGGUGAGAUGGAAGCGACAGUUUGUUCGUGCGCGACGGGGAGAGGCACCUCGUUUGGAUGGUGUUGACGGAAGUCAACCCGUGGCGCUAAAGGCAACGUGCCCAAUCACGGAAAGCGUGGGGAAGGUGUGCCGACAAGGUCGUGAAGAAAAGCAAGCUCAAGAUCUCCACUCACCGGGGAGAGAAGACGGUCAGGGUCGAUGUCGCCCGUGGGCAGGCUUUGGGAAGGGAACUCGUGGUGGACAAGAUGAAGAGACUGUGGUUACGUCACCACUCGAAGUUCUUGGAGAAGGAGAGGAAAGCUCUCGCAAAGACAAGAGAGGGAACCCGGACCGCGGAGCAGUGGGCGGAGAAGUCGGAGACUAUGGAGAUGAUAGCUCUGGAGACCGCUGUCCGCCUGUGCGAAUCGUGCAAAGAUGUGGUAAACGGAGGGAAGGGGGUGAGCGCGGAGCACCAACAUCGGGCCGAACGAACGCGGAAGAAGGCCCUUGAAAAUGUCAAAGCGAAGGGGAAGAAGUCGGCAACGGGGACCGUUGCUGACGUGCGCGGUGCUAGGGGAGGGCUAGGUAAGCGGAAGCGGAAGUCGCAAGGGGAACCCCUCCACGCCGGCUUAACCUCGUUGGGCUCGGACGGCGUCUUGGGAGGGAGUGGGGGCGGAGAAGAAGAGGCAGACUCGGACGAUGACGACGACGUCGUCAUCGAGGGCGAGGACGACGGAAGCUGCUUAGCAAAGGAGCAACCGCGCAGGGACGACGUAGGGAAGGCCGUGGCGUCCGGCAACCUCGGGAGGCAGGUGAGGUCAGCGCGUCGCUCGGCUAGGUCGUAUGAGUCGGAGGAUGCCGGGGGGGAGGAGUUGGUGAAGACCCUCGCGGGUUACAUGGUGAGGAAGAUGGCAAGGGAGGAGGAGAAGGAAAGGGCACAAGGGGAUCUACGCCUCCGGCACCGACCCCAGCUACCGCCGCGGCGGUAGUUUCGGGCACCUCUUCUCGUCCCGCCGCGGUCGGGGUUGACGGCCCCGGCGAAGAACUUGGGCCUGGGGCCCGGACGAAUGCGCGCCUCGAGGUUGGAGGGGUGACGGGACAGGCACCAGCUGGACGGCGAAUCCGCAGUGACGACGUCCGCCUUCCGGGCUUAUUGGGUCGUGGGGCGUCGUCAUCCUCCGCUGCACCCCUGGGAGCUCGUCCGUCUGGCGGGUUAGCUUCGAGGCCCCCAUGGAAGCCUUGACGAAGAUGCUGUCGCGACCGUGGUAGUGGAAUGCGGGUCGGGUCUGCGCCAUUAUGCCUUCGCCGUCAGGGGCGCAGCUCCCGCGCUUCCAUGGUUUGUUGCGUACGGCGGCGUGUUUGAUUGCGGAUUGUCGUGUCCAAGUAUGUGUGUGUGUUUUUUUUUCUCUUCGUGUGUCGUGUGCCGUUCUUUUCUUCUCCAUGCCUCAAGUAAUCGUUGUCGGCGAGAAGGGGUCGCAUGGACUGACCGUUUUUUCCUCGUUUUUUUUUCGGCGACCACCCUCCAAUGUACCUGCUAUCGACACCACCUGUCGCGGGCGCCGGAUGCGCUUUUGUUUUUCGCGUGUUUGUUUUGCAGCUUGCUGGAGAAUGUCGUAUUCGGGCGCGUUUUUUUUUUUUUGUUUUGUUCGGUGUGACCGUUUUUUUUUUUCUUGUCCAGAUCAGUGAAAAGUGUUGGACUCGGGCGACAAUGUUAUUUUUAUUGGUUCUUUUCCGAUUAUUGUUGUGCCCAACUCUCGGGAAACUUUUCGUUUGUUUUCUUUUCAUUUCUUUCGAUGCAUGAUGGGACGAUGCAGAGGGUUUCUACUAUCCUAUGCACGUCAUUCUCCCCAUCCCUUGCGUGUUUGUAUUUCUAUUGCCUUUUGAUGUGUUCAUCUGGCUACAUUGUUGGUGUCACUUCGACCAACAAAAAGUUCUUUGCACAUCACCGCCAGGGGGGGGUGCGUCCGGGCGUUUUUGUAUUUUUGCUGAGCAAGGAAGGGCUGUUACGAUUCACGUAUCGUUUGGCGUGAUAGGCGAACCGUGAGUUGGAUAAGCGUUGUCUUCCUGUGGCAGAACAGCCGUUUGAAUCAUUCGUGAUGAAGACGGCGUGAUGGCGUUGGAUUAAUGAGGGGUUUUGAUUCGGUGGCCGGGUUUCCCCUGUUUUUUUUUGUUUCUUGUGUUGUGGCUGUGUUUCGGUCCUUGGCAGACGUAUUUCUAUGCGCGAGUGAAGAGUCACUGGCAUAAACAAUCUUGGGAAUUACACAGUCCAAAGUUGCUGUUGCGUGAGUUGGGAGAUACAUGGAGGAUAUGUGGUGGGAGACGUUCGGU